UGUUUAUAGACGUCACCACCACAACCGGAGAGGUUGGAACGGGCAACUGUUCGCACGCAGAUACCGACAGACCAUCAAGAACAAGACAUGUCAUAUUAGCACGUCAACAAAACGAGGACAAGGCGCAGCACUGCGAAGCGCAGGAGGUCUGUCGCAGUUGCUCGGGAAUGUCCAGUGCGCAGCCCUGAGGAGAAAAUGAAGCGCAAGAGCGAGAGGAGACGAGCCGAGUCGAGGAAAAAACGCUGUGCAGCUCACAGCAGCUCUGAGGCGGAGCCAAACUCUGAUAUUUACAUUGAGAUAACAGAUCAACUAUAUUUUGCCAUCCUUAAGCAAAAGCUCAAGAGCACAACUGAAAGACACUGUUUCUGCAUUGAUGAAGAACUGGCAUAUGAGAACUUCUAUGCGGACUUUGGUCCCCUUAACCUGGCCAUGUUUUAUCGCUUCUGCUGCAAGCUGACAAAGAAGCUCAAGUCCAUUACACUCUCAAGGAAGAAGAUCAUAUUUUAUACCUGUGGAGAUCAGAAGAAACAAGCCAAUGCUGCCUACCUAAUAGGCUCGUAUGCAGUAAUGCAUCUAAAUAUGUUGCCAGAGGAGGCCUACAGUCUGCUAGUGUCAAGAAAUUCAACAUAUAUUCCAUUCAGAGAUGCUUCAUUUGGAACCUGCAUGUAUAAUCUGAACAUCCUAGACUGUCUUCGUGGAGUUCACAAAGCUUUGCAGUACGGUUGGCUUGACUUCUCUAACUUCGAUGUGGAAGAAUAUGAGCACUAUGAGCGAGCAGAAAAUGGAGACUUGAACUGGAUCAUUCCAGGAAAGUUCCUUGCAUUCAGUGGGCCGCAUCCAAAAAGCAAAAUAGAAAAUGGGUACCCUUUGCAUGCUCCUGAGGCCUACAUCCCAUACUUCAGGAAACACAGUGUCACCACUAUCAUCAGACUCAACAAGAAGAUGUAUGAUGCCCGGCGUUUUACAGACUCUGGGUUUGAACAUCACGACCUGUUCUUUGUGGAUGGAAGCACGCCGAAUGAUUCAAUUGUCAGGAAGUUUCUCAACAUCUGUGAGAAUGCUGAAGGAGCCAUUGCAGUCCACUGUAAAGCUGGGCUAGGGAGGACUGGUACUCUGAUUGCCUGCUAUAUGAUGAAACAUUACCACCUAACUGCAGCAGAGGCCAUCGCUUGGAUACGGAUCUGCCGACCAGGGUCCAUCAUUGGGCCUCAGCAGAACUUUGUUGAAGAGAAGCAGAACAGUUUGUGGGCAGAAGGAGAUGUUUUCCAUGAGAAGAUGCUAAAUGAACGAGAGAAUGGUAAGAUGGCAGUAACCAGGAUCCUAUCUGGAGUGGAUGAUAUAACCAUCAAUGGGAGCAACAAGAACAGGGCAUCCAAGAAAGAAGAGAUGGAAAUGUACAAUGAUGAAGAGGAGAGAAAUGGCCUCACGCAGGGUGAUAAAUUAAGAGCUCUUAAGAGCAAGAGGCAGGCCAGAUCAUCCUCAGGUUCAAUAUCACAAGAAGAGAAUAAGAUACACACCAGAUCCUCAUCACAGUCCCUGAGCAGGGUCAUCUUGCAGGCCAGUGCUCAGAGCUGUAAGACAAGCGUUAGCCCCUUGGCUCUAUCUGACCCCUCAGACAGCAGGAAAAGGACCAGAACCUCCCUUCCAGCCAAUGGAAUAGGAGGAAGCUCCCUGUGCCACACCAGACUGGUCAGGUCCCUAGGCAACUUGCAUGUCGUGGGUGGACAAGACCCAAUGUGUUGUGAGCCAUGUGACAGCCACAGACAGACAGCCAGUGUCACACUCAACAUAGGCUCUCCUAUCAGCUUAAGCGUGGGAGAGGUCCACCUACAGACGUACUGUCUCCAGAGGACGUAAAGCUCGCAGCUCUUUGCAAUCCAUUAGGUUUUCCAGGCUAUGUCACUCCAUACCCAAAUCUAGAGCCCCUCUACUUCGGUGAGCCUGUGGAUUUGGAAAAUCUGGUAUUGCCUUCUAUACGGCUGAUGCAGGAGGGAAUAAAAAUCUUGGAACAUUAAGAUGAUGUGACAUAAUUCAUGUUUUUAUUACAAGUUAUUUUACCCAUGAGUUUUUUUUUAAAUAUGUUUUUAAACAGAGAAUCAUAAAAUGAACUGCUAGUUUUAAUCGUUGCCUAGUUGUUAACUGAAGCAUGCAGUAGCAGCAUCAGACCAGCAUGUGAAUGUGUCAAUUCCUUAAAUGAGCACUGUGCAGGAUUUAUUCUGAUAAGGUUUCAUGGUUAGAAAUAGUUGAUGGAAUUGGCCUUGAAUUGUGUAAUAAAUCCAUGAUCAUGGCCCUCCACUUCGUGUUUGCCAUGCCAUGGACAUAGUUAAAAAUUAAAGUCUGUUGGCAAUAAUUCCAUCACAAAAUACAGUACCAUGUGCAUUUGUACCUCUAUUCAAUAUCUGACUUGUCUUACUUGUGAAGCUUUUUAGCUCCUGUACUUAAACUGUAAAUAUGUCAACAUUUGAUAUACUCUGUAUUUUGUAAAUAUUUUGUACUGUUAGAAUCAUGCUAUAAAAAAAGUCAGUGGUCUUAAUGAGGCCUGGUCUAAUUCAUGCUCAUAAUCCACUAAAGACAUUUGCUUGAAGCACAUAGAAUAAUUUUUAAUAAAUGUAUUCCCAAGUA